GGUAGUCGUCUUACUAGCUGCGUGGUGCCUUUACACUUGUAAAAUGGAGCUAUCAACACUUACUUUCUUCUCUCUCGUGCUGUGUAGUAUAACAGACGUACAUGCUGGUGCCAGGCGUAAAGCCUUGGCUAAACGGGUGGGCCUGAUGGAAGAGGAGAUCAUUUUAUUGAAACGUACAACUUUUACUGAGACUAAAAUGAUUGAAAACUUUGAAGAGUUGAAGUCGUCACUGAAAGAAGAACUGACCAAAACAUUCGUUCCUCCCUUGAUCAAGCGCUUAGUCAAACAAGCUAUUGCCGACAUCAUGAAAAGAGACUACAUUGGGAAUACCAUCUGCGCACAUAUGGUCAAAGAAGUUCAAAGCCUGAAAGCAACCGUAGAAAGCGCAACGACACAGCUUAAAAACGUAACUCAAGAGUUGAGACAUGUUCAACGAGAAAGAGACACUUACCGAGAAAGUCUCGAAGAAGUACAUGGCGAGUUAACCAAAGACAUUCGUGCGUUACAGCUGCAGUUGAAUGAGACUGCAGCUGACCUGCGUGAUGCAAGGAUGCUGAAAUCUGAACUGAAUCAGACCAAUGCUGAUAUUUUUGAAACAAAACAAAAAGUCACUGGUCUUACGGAGAACUUGAUGACACUGAAUAUGACUUGUUGUUGGACGAAGAAAGAGAUUAAGGAGGAGGAUGUUAAUGAAAGUUCGCUGACAACAUCGUCAUUGUCGCAGGUGUCAUUGACCACUUCGACCUCGACGUAUCCCGGAAGUACAGCAGCCUCGACUGACCCGAGCCCGAGCAGAGCGGUUCCACCAACGCCAGUGGCAACACAAGACUCUGAUCUACACGCCUCGACUGACCCGAGCCCGAGCAGCACGGUUCCACCAACGCCAGUGACGACACAAGUCUCUGAUCUACACGCGACUCUAUCACCAGCAGUCCGCGACCUCUUCUCCGCCACCUGGUUAGGUGACCUGGAGAGAGUGAAGCGGAUCCUGUCAGCGGGUCAAGUGGACAUCAACACUAGAAAAGGACGGUGGAACUGGACACCGGUGAUGUCGGCAGCACGGUGGGGACACAAAGCUUUGGUGGAGCUCUUUGUGGCUAGAGGGGCUGAUGUGUCACUGGUGGACGUAGAAGGUGACAACGUCCUUCACUGGGCCAGUAUGGGUGGAGACCUGGAGAUCGUGAAGCUGAUCCUGUCACAGAGCGUGUUGGACAUCAAUGCCAGGGACAACAACGGGAGGACAGCGGUCUACUGGGCGAGAGACUUUGAACAUCAGCAAGUGGUGGAUCUCCUGGUGUCACUUGGUGCUCACUGAAGUCAGUGUUGGUGUGGACAGAGACGGAGCACAUGGUGAUUUCCUUUUAUUCUUUCUGCAUAUAAAUAAACUUGUUGAAUGUA